AUGACGGACACUGCAAGAUCACAGCCGAUCCGCGUGUCGGAGACAUCCCGAGGCCAAGGCAAAGUGUCGUCUGCACCUGAUCCAAAGAUUUCGGGCAAGCCGAUCUUGGCUUACGAAUCUCAUCACCGUCCGCCACCUUCCUCCUCAUCGUCAAUCUCGGCCGUUCGGAGCUCAUCACACGAGGCUAGUCAACCGUAUCGUCCAGACUUGCCAACUGAUCCGCACAAACACAGUGUCUCCAGCAACGGGACGCCGAAAUCCUCCAGUCCUUCCUCCUCUCGAUCAUCCAGUCGGCAGACACCGAUAACACCGCCAGCACCGAAUGAUCUCGCGCACACCUUUCAAACCACUCCGAAGCCUUCCAGAAGCUCCAUCGAUGCUGCAGCAAAAGCAUCGCUGAAAGCGCAACAAACAUCAUCGUCGACCAAGUCAGCUUCUUCACUUCCCUUGGCGGGAGCCAAGAGGAUGCUCGACGACGACUACCUCCUGCCGCCCGUCAAUGUCAGUGUCGCCUCGAUCUCGAGCAACAAGGCCAACCAUAUCCUAGGCCCAGAUGGUCAAGUCUACACACAAGGAGAGGCUGCCAAGCUUGGUCUCAUCAUUCGCACUGCCUGCGAAGCAUGCCGCAAUCGCAAGCUCAAAUGCAGCGGCACGCUUCCAGAGAAUGGCGGAUGUGCGCGGUGCAACAGCGAUGAUAUACCUUGCGUCUACUCAGCGCGAGCGCCCAUCGGUCGCCCAAAGAAACGCAAGGUGGAGGAAGAGCAAGAUGCGAACAUUGUAGGAGGCAUCAACUCAUCUGUGGCGCCUGGCAAGGGAAAGGGCAAGAUGAAACGCAGUCACUCCGCCAGCAACUCUCGAAAUAGCCCUGCCAUAAAGAUCAAGACGGAAGAGGUCAUCGACACGAAUUUGCUCGCUGAAGGUCAAUCAAAGGCCUCGCCCGCCUCCUCUCCGUCGCUUCAGCACAUUCAAGACGCAGAAGAUGCCCCCAGACAACACAGUGAGACAGAUUCUCCCGCGCAAGGCGAGCCGGCACAGCAAUGGAGCAUGACACCAAGUCACAAUCUAGCCGCUUUCAUCCCGAGUCGACCUCUAGGCAUGUAUGAAAGCCCGAUGCAGACGCCGUCCGAGCCGGGAUCGAGCUAUGGUGGGCCCAGAUUGAUAUCCACUCCGACUGUCUGGUCACAGCACCAGGCUGCUUUUGCAAUGACUCCGUCCGACGCGGCCAACACGCCUCUCUCCGUCUUCUCGCCCGCAGCUGCACCUGCUUCAUACGCUAAUAGUCAACAAUCUCGAGUCUCGGAGCCGCAGUUCGGUGCGUCUGCAUCCGUCGCCAAGUUGCCCUCACUCGACGACCUGUCCGUAGCCGCCUUCUUGCAGUCACUCGACACGCUCGAAAUCUCUCCUGCUGAGCUGCUCCAGCAACAGCAGCAAAUGCAGCACCUAUCUGGCUCGCAGUUCCAGAAUGCGCCAUCCGGCUCUGGUACACCAGACAUAUCAAGCUCCAGCGGACUUUUCGCGCCAUUCAAUGGCGUCGGGAUUGGCCAACCAAGCACAUCAGAUCAAUUGACUGCUUCGUCCGUCCAGGAAUGGGCUACGAGCAGUGCAAUCCUUCAGCCUGGUCUUAGCUUUGCCGUCCCUGCCGAUUUCAGCUGGUGGGAUCUCGGUAUCAAUGGCGCCGACUACGCAGCAGGCUCUGCCACACCGAGCGUAUCUGCGACGCCCGCGAACGAGCUUAGCUCCCUGGUGUUCCCAUCGAGCAGCCCAGUGCAGCCUGUCAUGGCUGGUUCCGGCAGCGGCAGAAACGGUACGCACACAAUGCUAUCAGGGAUCUUCCGUUCGCAAAGAGCAGAUAAGACACGGAGACCAACCUUCAGCGCUGAUCAGCUGUGGCCAAGAGGAGCAGAUGCGGGAAUGGGACAAGGUCAAAUUCAACACACCAUUGCGGCCUCUGAAACCGGGCUGGGAUGGUCGACGCUGCCAGACGCCAGUCACUUUGCCGAUGCCUUGUCGAGUCCAAUUGAGGGCUCGGCACACGCCGCUAGCGAUAAAGGCAGCUGUUGCUCAUCGAAGUCUAGCAACAAGAUUCGUCGAUCGCCGACUACGGUUCAAGCUGAAAACAGCAACGAGCAGAAGUCUUCCUGCUGCUCUUCCAAGUCGCUAACAAAACCAAGCCUGGAUCCUCCCAAGCCUGUUUCUUCUUGUUGCGGAGGGGGAUCCGCGGAUGCUACUAGCAAGCCGGUCAAGAGCUGCUGUUCCGGCUCGAAUGAAGGCGAACCACAUGGAAUCUCCGCGGCCACAGCAUCUGCCGAGGGCAGCUCGUCUUCAAAAGAGCCGAUCGAGAUGGGCCCGCUCUCCACAUCUGCGGCUGUUCGGGGUCAUGCAGCGCCACAGCUCGACGGUGAACGCAAGCGUCACGCAGCCACGCAUGCGCAUCAUCCUCACAAGGUGCACUGCGUGCCAAAUCCGAGCGGUAAAGGCUGCACGUGUCUCUGCGACAUGAGCGUUGCACUGCUCAGCGUCAAGCAGGUGCUGCGCGAGACGGAUCCUCACAAGGCCGAUACCAAACACAACUUUGCCACGGAUACGAUCCAGCUCACGCUCACGGCAUCGCAAGCCAUCACUGCGCAGUGCGCGUGCUCCGCAGAUUGUCCGACGUGUCAAUCGGAUCCGUCGACCGAGAUUUCUGCGUCGCUACUCGUGUCGACAGCUCUGCAGAUCUAUGCGCGCGCGGUGAGGAUUUUGCGCGAGGGAUUUGCUGCCUCCUCGUCGUCGACGAAAGCUGCGAACGGUGGUGAUGCGGGUUCGGGUACGACGGCAGUGCAAAGUUUUUUUGGUGGAUUGGAUGUGACCAUCGGCACGUACAAGCCUUCGGCGAGCAACGCCAAGAAGAUCGCGCUGUACGCGAUCAAGCUAGAGCUGAAGGAUCUGAGGAAGGCGCUAGGAAAGAUCAGUCGUAUGGCGCAGAGUUUUGGUGCCGUCUCGGCGACGGCGGAAGGCAAGAGUGGCAAGGCGGGGAGCGAGGAAAACGGGAAGGCGGAAGCGGGCAAGCAGCAAGGGAUGAAUCCGAUCGAUCAGUUGGUGAUUCUCAAGUUGUAUCGUCAGUUGACGGAGUUGUUGAAGACGGUGGAGGGGUUGGAGGACGCGGCGUGA